CCCAGUCACGUGACACCUGAUAAAAAUGGCCACCUUGGUGUUUUGAUUAAUAAUACUUUUAUGUUUGUGUCAUUCUCCGUAGAAUUUGAAUAGAUAACACACAUUUUGUAGGAAACUCUGUCUUUCCCCUUUAAAUUUAUGACAAUCAAUACAAAUUGCUAUUUGUUAGACUAUGCACAUUUGUGUAUAUUAAACGGAAAGCUAGCUAGUUGGCUGGCACAAUAGGUAAGCUAAAGCUAGCUGAAUGUAAAGGAACAACGAUGGAGUUGAGUGCCGACGAGGUAAGAUCCGCAGGAGGAGACUGGCAAGACUGGCAGGAGGACAAACAUCCCAGCCCAGCACUCCCCUGACGUCCCCACAGAGAGAGACCCCUCCUGGGCCCCUUCCUGGGACCUCAGGGGCCACACCCCAGCCCUUUCCACCAGCUGCCUCACACGCACUGGGACUCAAUGUCCAGGGUGUCAUCCAUCCUAUGGGCGCCUCAGGUGUGGCGUACCGCAGUCAGAGCAGCGAGGGUGUGAGCUCCCUCUCCAGCUCUCCCUCCAACAGCCUGGAGACCCAGUGGCUGUCCAGAUCUCAGAGCAUGGACAUCGACACUGCCUCCUGUGAAAAGAGCAGCAUAUCCCAAGUGGAUGUGGACUCAGGGAUAGAGAACAUGGAGGUGGAGGACAAUGACCGCAGGGAGAGGAGGAACCUGGCUAAAAAGGAAUCCGCUGAAACCUCAGAUGUCUCUGAAGAGCAGGCUCUGCAGCUCAUCUGUAAGAUCCUGCGUGUCUCCUGGAAGGAGCAGGACAGAGAUGUCAUCUUUCUCCCCUCGCUUGCCGCAGAGUUCCACCAGAGCAGCCCCAAAGACGUCUACUCUGACUUCAAAGACCUGAUUGGCCAGAUCCUGAUGGAGGUUCUCAUGAUGUCCAGCAUGUCGCACAUCCACAAUCCCUUCGCCAGCCUGACUGCCACGUCCCAGCCUAUUGCUGCUGCCAAAUCUCCCGACCGCCACCUGACGCUGGUUCAGCUCUCUAGCCAGGGCGGCAGUCCCAUGGCCACCUGUGCAAGCUCAUUUGGGGCCAGCUCUCUGUCCAGUCUGGGUGUGUCUGCAGAGGGAAUUGACUCGCAAUCCUGCAGCGACUGCUUCUCCAUCGAGGCGUGCAUGGAGACUGAGAUGCUCAACUACCUCAUUGAGCGCUUCGACAGUGUCGGCAUGGAGGAAAGUAAGGCGCCCAAGAUUUGCAGCCACCCCAGUGUCAGUCAGCUCCUCAGCAACAUACGCUCACAGUGCAUUUCCCACGCCGCUCUUGUCCUUCAGGGUGCCCUCACGCAGCCCAGGAGCCCCCUGCAGCAGUCCCUGCUGGUGCCCUACAUGCUGUGCCGAAACCUGCCGUAUGGCUUUAUCCAGGAGCUGGCCCGCAUGACCCACCAGGAGGAGGUCUUCAGACAGAUCUUCGUUCCAAUCCUUCAAGGGCUGGGUCUGGCUGUGAAAGAAUGUUCCUUCGACAGUGACAACUUUAAAUUCCCCCUCAUGGCUUUAGCUGAGCUCUGUGAGAUAAAGUUUGGGAAGACUCACCCCAUGUGCAAUUUGAUGACAUCUCUGCCCCUGUGGUGUCCCAAAUCCCUGGGCCCGGGGAUGGGCCGAGAGUUUCAGAGACUGUCCUUCCUGGGAGCAUUCUUCAGCCUGUCGGUCUUUGCAGAGGAUGACACCAAAGUGGGUGACAAGUACUUCUCGGGCCCAGCGAUCACUAUGGAGAACACUCGUGUGGGUAGCCAAACUCUGCAGCACUACCUGGAGUCAGCCCGGGGUGACUUGUUUAAAAUUCUCCACAACAUCCUACUAAAUGGAGAGACAAGAGAGGUAGUGCUCAACUACAUGGCAGCUCUGGUCAACCGCAAUGUGAAGAAAGCCCAGAUGCAGACAGACGACAAGCUGGUGUCCACAGAUGGCUUCAUGAUUAACUUCCUGUCGGUGCUGCAACAGCUGAGCAUGAAGAUCAAGCUGGAGAUGGUAGACCCGUACUACAUUUUCCACCCCCUCUGCCGCCUGCAGGUCAGCCGUGAGGAGACCCGGCUCAAGGCCACCAUGGAAGAGCUCAAGACCUGGCUGGCCGAGAUACAUGACCCCUCCAAGUUGUAUGAUCCCAAGUUCCCCACAGAGUGUUUCUUUCUGACGUUGCACACCCACCACCUGUCCAUCCUACCAGGCUGCCGACGCUACAUCCGCAGGCUGAGAGCCAUUCGCGAGCUCAACAGGACAGUGGAAGAGCUGAAGAGUAGUGAGAGCCAGUGGAAGGACUCUCCGCUGGCCAGCCGACACCGAGAGAUGCUGAAGAGAUGCAAAACCCAGCUCAAGAAACUGGUGCGCUCCAAAGCCUGUGCCGAUGCAGGUCUUCUGGACGAGAACCUGUUACGCAGAUGUCUGCAGUUUUACAGUAUGGUCAUUCAGCUCAUCCUACGCAUGGUGGAUCCUGCCUACCCACACAUAACUCUACCACUGAAUCCCGAGAUCCCCAAAAGCUUUGCUGCUCUGCCAGAGUUUUACAUUGAAGAUGUGGCCGAGUUCCUGCUUUUUGUUGUGCAGUAUUCCCCUCAGGUCCUGUAUGAGCCCUGCGUCCAGAACAUUGUCACCUUCCUGGUGGUGUUCAUCUGCAGUCAGAACUACAUCCGGAACCCCUACCUGAUCGCCAAGCUGGUGGAGGUUCUGUUUGUCACCAACCCAGCUGUGCAGCCGCGCACCCAGCGCUUCUCUGAGAUGAUGGAGAACCACCAACUGUCCGUCAAACAUUUGGUCCCAGCCCUCAUGAAGUUCUACACUGACGUGGAGCACACCGGUGCCACCAGCGAGUUCUAUGACAAGUUCACCAUCCGCUACCACAUCAGCACCAUCUUCAAGAGCCUCUGGCAGAACAUGGGCCACCAUGGCACUUUCCUGGAAGAGUUCAACUCCGGGAAACAGUUUGUGCGUUACAUCAACAUGCUGAUCAACGACACCACCUUCCUGCUGGACGAGAGCCUGGAGUCCCUGAAGCGCAUCCAUGAGGUCCAGGAGGAGAUGAAGAACAAGGAGCAGUGGGAUCAGCUUCCCAGGGAGCAGCAGCAGAGCCGCCAGUCCCAGCUGACCCAGGAUGAGCGGGUGUCACGCUCCUACCUGGCCCUGGCUACAGAGACGGUCGACAUGUUCCACAUCCUCACCAAGCAGGUCCAGAAGCCCUUCCUCCGGCCCGAGUUGGGGCCUCGUCUGGCGGCCAUGCUGAACUUUAACCUCCAGCAGCUAUGCGGGCCCAAGUGCCGGGACCUGAAGGUGGAGAACCCAGAGAAGUACGGUUUUGAGCCCAAGAAGCUCCUAGACCAGCUUACUGAUAUUUACCUGCAACUUGACUGUGCCCGCUUUGCCAAGGCCAUCGCCGACGACCAGCGGUCAUACAGCCGAGAGCUCUUUGAGGAAGUGAUUUCCAAGAUGAAGAAAGCCGGCAUCAAGUCCACCAUCACCAUUGAAAAAUUCAAGCUGCUAUCGGAGAAGGUGGAGGAGAUAGUCGCCAGGAACUCGCAGUCCGAAAUGGACUACAGUGACGCACCUGACGAGUUUAAAGACCCUCUGAUGGACACAUUAAUGACUGACCCUGUGAUACUUCCCUCUGGGAACAUCAUGGACCGAGCCAUCAUCCUCCGCCACCUUCUCAACUCCCCCACUGACCCCUUUAACAGACAGCCUCUCAACGAAAGCAUGCUGGAGUCACUCCCUGAACUGAAGGAGAGGAUCCAGGCAUGGAUGAGAGAGAAGCAAGGCCAGGGACGUUUCCUCUAGUGACACCCCCAACCACCAACUCCAGGGGUAAAGGAUGUUAUCACCACGACUGAAUUCAAUGCCAUCAAUGAAAAAAUAGAAAAAAAGAAACCUGUGAUUUUUCUCCCUUUGUCCUUAUUUUCUCAGAUCGUCAUCUAAAGGCCAUUGGCUCUAAAAAUGAAACAUAAUAAAAUUAUGACUUCAAAAAAAAA